UUGAAAACAGAUCAGCAGCCUGAAGAUCUCAACACCGCCGCAUGUCUCUGCAACAACUGCCGAGUGAAGCCAAACAGCUUUUUUUAUUCCCAAACUUUUACGCUUACUCUAGAAAAAACCAAACAAAGCUUUUACGCACCAUGACAGCUUGCUGAAGAAAGUGCGCCAAGGGAAGAACGCACACAAGAGCAGAGACGCACCUCUUUGGAGAAGAUGGAUUGUAAGAAAAAGUUCGACUCGACUUGUUCUGGUGCUGCGCACUGAAAGCCUCUCCGGGAUAGAUAGAGGAGGCGGUAAUGCCGUGCAAACUUUUGAGUGUCUCCUAAACUUUUUUUCUUCUGAACUCGGUUCAUGGAGUUUCUCGUCAAGUCCGGAGAGGCUUGUCUGCGCGUUUUGCGUUUGCCAGCUCAGUCCUAGUUUACGGGAAUCAGACUCCAGGCAAAAGUUUUCCUCGGGACAAAAAAAAAGAGUGAGUGGAAGGAAGAGCCUCGGUUUGGAAGUGAAAAGAGACGGCAGCGAAGGUUGUGACGGAAAUUGAAGCGCAGCAUGGAGACUUCAGCUCCAACCGCCACUGAGAAGAAGGAGUGUAAGGGUUCGGGUCUGGAUGGAAGCAGCUUCUCGGAAAUCCCAAAGAAGCCUUCGCCCACCACUUUGACCAGAGGGGCCCACCACCUCUUCCCCACCUUCCACACGCCCAUCCCAAUCGACAUGAGACACCACGAGGGGCGGUACCAUUAUGAGCCACACCCACUCCACGCCAUGCAUGGACCUCCAGGACUGACGGGCAGCCCAGUCAUCUCAGAUAUUUCCCUGAUCCGUCUGUCGCCCCACGCGGCGCCCGGGACGGGUGAGUCACCGUUCAGCCCUCCGCAUCAUUACGUCAGCCCCCACAUGGAGCACUACCUACGCUCGGUGCACAGCAGCCCCACCCUCUCCAUGAUCUCAGCGGCCCGAGGACUGAGCCCUGCUGAAGUGACCCACGAACACCUGAAGGAGCGCGCCCUGUUCAGCCUCCCCCCUCCACCGCCGGGGGCCAACCCCGCAGAGUACUACCACCUGAUGGCCAGUGCCAGCCAGCGCAGCCCGUACGGCGACCUGCUGAUGCAGAGCAGUGCAGCGGCAGCGGCAGCUGCAGCGGCUGCAGCUCAUCUACCAGAUUACAUCAGCCCCGUGGAUGUGUCACGUUUCUCCAGCCCACGGCUGACACCGAGACUGAACAGGAAGAGGGCACUGUCUAUCUCCCCGCUGUCAGAUGCCAGCAUUGAUCUGCAGACCAUGAUCCGCACCUCACCCAACUCUCUGGUGGCCUACAUAAACAACUCCCGCUCCAGCUCAGCCGCCAGCAGCUCCUAUGGACACCUAUCCGUUGGAGGGAUCAGCCCCUCGUUCAGCUUCCCUCAUCCCAUCAACCCGGUGGCAUACCAGCAGCUGUUGUCCCAGCAGAGGAGUCUCAACGCCUUCGGCCACACACCUCCUCUCAUUCAACCAUCGGCGUCCUCCUUCUCUGCUCGCCAACACCCCCUCCCUGCUUCCCCUAUGUCCACCUCCCACAACAGCUCCAACUCUGAGGCAAACCAGAAUGCCAGUGGAGACCCCGCAGUCAGUAGCACAGUCAACCCAUUGAUCACCAAGAGGUCAAAGGUUAAGACGGAAGCAGAGGGUUCGCUGCCCAUCUCACCAUCCUCUCAUGACCACUGUGGGGGGGUCUUGGACCUGAGUGAGGAUCUGGAUAAAGAUGAGUGCAAACAGGAGCCUGAGGCCAUAUAUGAGACCAACUGCCACUGGGAGGGCUGCAGCAAGGAGUAUGACACGCAGGACCAACUUGUUCAUCACAUUAACAACGACCACAUCCACGGUGAGAAGAAGGAGUUUGUGUGUCGUUGGGAGGAGUGUUCACGGGAGCAGAAGCCCUUCAAGGCUCAGUAUAUGCUGGUGGUCCACAUGAGGCGUCACACAGGGGAGAAGCCGCAUAAAUGCACGUUUGAGGGCUGCGCCAAAGCUUAUUCUCGCCUGGAGAACCUCAAGACCCACCUCAGGUCCCACACCGGGGAGAAGCCAUAUGUGUGUGAACAUGAAGGCUGCAACAAGGCCUUCUCCAAUGCCUCCGACCGGGCCAAGCACCAGAACCGCACACACUCUAAUGAGAAACCAUAUGUGUGUAAGAUCCCGGGCUGCACCAAGCGCUACACAGACCCCAGCUCUCUCAGGAAGCAUGUUAAAACAGUCCACGGACCCGAAGCCCACGUCACCAAGAAACAACGAAGCGACGCACCUCCGAGACUGCAGCCACCCAAAGGCAACGGGGAGAAUGAGGCCAAUUCCAAGCUGGGUGCGAGAAACAUGGACGGCAAGAUUGAGGCCAACAGCAGCUCUAGAGGAGUGGAGGACUGCCUACAAGUCAAAUCUAUCAAGACCGAGAACUCUAUGACAUAUCAGUCCAGUCCUGGUGGCCACUCGUCAUGCAGCAGCGAGCCGUCGCCUCUCAGCAGCGCCAACAACAACGACAGUGGGGUAGAGAUGGCCAUGCACAGCGGGGGCAGCUUCGGGGACCUCAGCGCACAGGAUGAUUGCCCCAUGGUUGACUCCACUGUUCCCGCUGGGGGACAGCAGGCUGGGGUGGGGCUUCAGUUGAGGAAAGCUGUGGGUCAUGGUGGAGCGGUCACCAUCAAGCUGGAGAAUAUCAAGAAGGAAAGGCUGAAGACAGUGAGGGACUCCUGCCCCUGGGUCAACUCUGCACCACAGCCGCCGAAGGGCCAACGCAGUAGCAUGAAGCUGCCUCCAAUACCUGCAGUCGGUUCCCUGCUGGAGAGCUCCAACAUGAUAAGUAACUUAAGCGGUCCGUAUCCUGGCCAACGCAUGGGUGACUUGUCUUCAUGUGAAGUGACACUGUUGAACCAGCUGAAUGAGCGCCGUGACAGCACCACCAGCACCAUGAGCUCAGCUUACACCAUGAGUCGGCGCUCCUCUGGUAUUUCACCCUGCUAUUCCAGCCGCCGCUCCAGCGAGGCGUCCCAGUUUGGUACUAACCGCCACAACAACAUCAGUUCGGCUGACUCCUAUGACCCAAUCUCCACUGAUCUGUCUCGCCGCUCCAGCGAGGCCAGCCAUUGUGGAGGUGGUGGAGUCAGUGGAGGAGGCGGAGGAGGUCUUCCAAGCCUUCUUAGUCUGACACCAGCUCAGCAUUAUCGACUUAAGGCGAAGUAUGCUGCUGCCAUUGGUGGAGCGCCACCUACUCCUCUACCCAAUAUGGAUCGAAUGAGCCUAAGGACCCGCAUGGCACUCUACAGUGACUCCCAGGAAGGCUCGUCGUACCCAUUCCAUCAGCCACCCUCUGGAACUGUGCCUCGCCGAUGCAGUGAUACUGGAUAUGGCACACGGAGCAUGAUGCCCCAUGAGGUACCCCCCAACCUUCCACGUCGUGCCAGCGAUCCAGUGCGUCGUCCUACACUGGACCCUCUUUCCUUCCCAAGGGUUCAACGCUAUAACAGCACGAACAGCAUGAACCCCAUGAAUGGUCCAUCAGCUGACCGCCACCAAACACUGGCUAUGCAGGGCUACACUCGCUCUGAUGGCAGCCUGCAACGCUACCCAUUUGCCCCCAGACCACCUAGCAUUUCUGAGAAUGUAGCCAUGGAGAACAUGGCAGUAGAUGGGAUGAUGAUUGGGGGGGAGCAGAGUGGGGAGGACGACAUGGUGCUUCCAGAUGAUGUGGUGCAGUACCUUACGUCGCAGAACUCUGGCCCCUCAGGUCACAACUCGGGGCAAGUGGACUACCAUUCCAACAAUCAGACUCAGGGCUACCAGACAGGCAUGGCCCCACCAGCAUCAUUUUAUGCGCAGAGGAGGAUGGCAAUGGUGGACGCCACCAUGACUCAGUCUGGUCAGGACAUGCAAUCCUACCAGAUGAGUCCCAUUGGCUCCCAGCAGCCAUUCUCAGCACCAUUGGAUAAUAUGAACAAGAAUAACAUGCCGGUGCAGUGGAACGAGGUGAGCUCAGGAACUGUGGACACCACAACCAAGCUCACCAAGCAACAACAGCAUCCUCUCAGGGGGAACCUAGCUGUGGUUCAGCAGAGGCACAAUUUUGGUUCCUUUCAGGGACAAGGUCAUGGCCUGGGCAGCAACCAGCAAGUAGUGCCUAUGAGUCAGAAUAUGUCUAUGCAGGGGUACGCAAACCACAGUAGCCAGCGGCUGAUUAACAUCUCCCACCAGCAGCAUCAGCAACAGAGGCAAUGCAACAGUGUAAACUUUAGUGAGCAAAUGAGUCCUCAGCAAGGGUUUGGACAAGAGGUAAUCCCAAACUCUAUAUCUGGGAGCACUAGCAUGAGACCUACCCGGAACAAUAUGGCAGAGCCUGAACUGCAAAGUUGCAGAGCAAGGACACAGGCUGAUGGGUAUUCUCAUGUGAACCAAGUGGAUCCGCAGCAUAAUUACAGCGUUCUCUCCCAGCAACAGCAGCACAAUAUCCAUAAUGGAGGCAGAGGAAUGCUACAACCUAGGCCUCCCAUAGAGCCUAAAUCGAAUGCCAGACAACACACAGGGUCUAAUAUGAUGCAACCGAGCCGAAUACCCAAGUCAUCUGAUCUGAGUCUUAGUCGUGGUACUGACACCUCAGAGGCGAGCCCAAAGAGGCCAAGUGGCAACAGCAACUCUGAAAAUCUAAACUCUGCUGUGUUCUACACAGGUCAGAUUCAUAUGUUUGACCCAACUUCUGUCAGCUUUGAUGCCCCCAUGUCCCCCAGUGUCAGUCAAGCUCCUGCCAGCAACACCACUGCUGCAGCCAACAUGGCCUCACCAGGAGUCAACCACGUUUCCAGCAGUACGGUGGAUUCUUCCACUGGUGGAUCUGGUGGCACGGAGCAUGCCCAGAUCGACUUUGACACCAUGCUAGAUGACGGGGACCACUCCAGCCUAAUGUCGGGCACCCUGAGUCCUGGCCUUUUGCAGAGCCUCUCCCAGAAUUCCUCACGUCUCACCACCCCCCGCAACUCUGUCACCCUUGCCUCUGUACCGGCAGGGAUUGGCAACAUGGCCAUCGGUGACAUGAACUCUAUGCUCACAGCCUUGGCUGAAGAAAGCAAAUUCCUCAACAUGAUAAGCUGAGAGCAAUCAAACACGUCAUCAUCCAUCCAGUCUUAACCCUUUUUACAUCAGGAAUAUAUGGACUACACAAAGCACUGAUUGAACAAAGUAAAACUGGCUAUUUCAUGCAUUUGUUUCUCCAUAGUAAUAUCUUGUAAUAUUAUACUUCAGAUUAUAAUAUGUUACAUUAAAAGAAUAAUAGUAAGUAAAGCUAGAGUUAAGGAUCAUUUCUAUCAUUAUUUGUUAAAAAGCCAUACAUUUUACCUACGAAUAUAUGGUAGCCCAGGGUAUAUAUAUACAUAUACACAGGGCUGUAGUCAAGACCACCUUUGUCGAGUCCAAGACAAGUCCAAGACCACGACUAGUCGAGUCCAAGUCAAGACCAAGUCCAGAGAGGUUCAAGUCCAAGACAAGACCGAGUCCAAAAAGGUUCAGGUCCGAGUCAGCACCGAGUCCAGGACAGGAAAAAAAAAGUCUAAUGCAUCCAUGACAUUAUCAGUCAUUUGGGGUUAUUAUUUGUUGAUUUAAAAGCAAAAACAGUGUCACAACACCCAUGAUUUUUAAGUAAAGACAUUCCCCUUGAUAUCAUAUAAUCUAAUCUAAAGAAAACAGAAUGAUGAUAUAUGGUGAUACCUCAUAAUAACAGUGUUAGAACUGAUAUACAAACACCAACCCACUACUAUUACCACUUCUAGGUACUAGUACUGAGCAUUUGAGUAACUAAAUGACAAUAUAGCUUCACUCCAGAUGUACAGUAGUGUAGAAAAGAAGUGACCAGUAUUACAGAGUGGGUUGGUUGGUUAUAAACCCUAUGGUUGGUUUAUGCCUUUCCUGAAAAAAAAAUAUUGUAUUGUAUUAUAUUGUUAUUUGGAAGUGUGUGAAUCAAUGCAAAUUAGCAGGGCACGCAGAUGCAGAGCGUGCCCUGCGAAGAUAACCUGUGUGAUUGGUUAUUAGAUGGCCAGUGUUUCCUCCAAUAGUAAACAAACAUAGGUAGCGGUGAAAACGUUAUAUGGGAACAUAGUAAAGAGUAAAGACACCUGGAUUCGGUCGAGACCAAAAGCCAUAUUUGGCAAGACCAGUGGCCGAGACCGAGACAAGUCCGAGUCCGAAUACCAGCGAGUCCGAGACAAGUCCGAGACCAUAGAAAAACGGACUUGAGUCCGGACUCAAGUCCAAGACCGGACUUGAGUACUACAGCCCUGCAUAUACAUGUACAUAUACAUCUAUAAACAAUUGCCAUUCAGUAUUUGCUGGUGUAAUAGCCCUUUACAAAGUGGUGCACUGAAAGCAGAUCACAUACAUGUAUUACCUUGCUGGGGACAUCAACGUUGAGCAUCUGAGUACGACAUGAAAACAGUUAGCAGGAAAUGGACAUGAUAUGUAGAUAACAGAUAAUAUUUUCUCAUGAAGACCUUUAUGUGUAUAGAUUAAACUGCAUGGUACUUGCUUUAAAUUAUGCUAUAGACUUAUGAGGUUUAAACUAGGGCUGUCAAAUGUACAGUAAAAUAUGGGCACCUACUAUUCAUUCACAAAAGAAAAGUGACAGAUUUUUAAAUAGAUUUUUCAGUUUGCAUUGUGCUAACCACAUGGAUUGGAAAAAUAAAAUUAUCACAAGGUUAAGAUACCUUUUACCGUGUACAAUACAAUAUGCUUGAUAAGUGAAGAGACUAACCUGGUACACAAUGUACACAUGUUAUGAAAAUGAUUUAGAAAGGUGAACUUUUUACUUGUGACAAGGUUUAAAACUCUAUGACAUAGCUCAGAAGGACAUACUGUACAUAGAAAUGUAUGUAAUUGUUAUGCAGCCAAAUCUUUACAGAACUAUAGUUCAUUUAGCUUUUCAUUUUACUGCCAAACAUGCAGGUGCUUAAAGCACUGAGGUUAAUGAGCAUAUAAACAAACCAUGCAUGUAGAAAUUGAUACAUGCCUGUUGUGUAAAACAUGAACAGCUAUUGCAAUGUAUGUAUGCAUUCAACUAUCUUGCAGGAUAAGAAAUAAGCAAAGAAGUGCCAGUAUUGGAACCUGUCUUUGUAUUGCUGAGUUUCAACUACACAUAGAUUUUGGAAUAAAGGUUAUUUGUGAUUCUGAGCUAAUUUUGCAUACGUUAAACAUUUUCAUUUUCAAUUUCAUGAAAUUCAAUAUGCAAUUAUACUCUUAAACCAGAAACCUCAUUUCAAUUCACAAAUGUAAGCAUUUGGCAGCCCUGGUUUAAAUAUGUGGUUGUACAUUAUGAUCCACAGAUAGUAAGUGUUUUUUGAUCAUGGUCUGAGCUCUUGGGGAUGGCACUGUAAAAUCAGAUUUCCUUCUUUUCCCUCUGGAUCAGAGGCAUUAACUCUCCGUGGUCCCAUCUCACAAGGGUAAAUGAUUGAAAAAGACAAGGAUACGCCUCUGUGUUAGUCUAUCAUGGCAUAUGAACCCCUGCAUUCUCUAAAAGAAUAUACAAGUACCUCUGUGUGUUUUCAGUCGAGAUCCGAUCCUAAUUAACACAUUCAUACCAACCCCCCCUUCACCGCUUCCCAUCCUGCCCUUGGGCUCUGGAUGAACUGCAGAGAGUCCAGGAAGGGACACAGACUUUGAUAAUGAAAUCCUGGUUCAGACAGGAAUGGCCAACUAGCCCUGCAAAUUCCUCAGUUUUAUAAUGUUUGCUGAAUUUCUAAGUAGCCUUUAAAAUGUUUGUGUGUAUCCUACCAUUCACGUCUACUAUGCUCAGUGUGUGUGGGUUUGUGUGAGUGUGUGUAUAUAGC